UGAAGGUCAUCAGGAAUGUGGCUGGAAUCUGUUAGGCCUCCCCCAGCCCAGGCGGGGGCUGCCAAGUUUGGGCCUAUCCUCUGUUCCUCUCCUUAUUUGGACCUUCAGGUGAUAAGGCUGAGACAUAAAGGAGGCUGGGCCCUGCCACCACGACAGCAGCCACACCUCUGCAAAGAGAAUGGAAGGCGGGGACCCGGGGCAAGGUGGCAGCCACCAAGCAGGCCCAACGUGGUUCUUCCAACGUCUUUUCCAUGUUUGAACAAGCCCAGAUACAGGAGUUCAAGGAAAGCUGGGGGCUGCUCCCACCUGAAGGCCCCCAUCCCACAGGCCUUCAGCUGUAUCGACCAGAAUCGUGAUGGCAUCAUCUGCAAGGCAGACCUGAGGGAGACCUACUCCCAGCUGGGGAAGGUGAGUGUCCCAGAGGAGGAGCUGGACGCCAUGCUGCAGGAGGGCAAGGGCCCCAUCAACUUCACCGUCUUCCUCACGCUCUUUGGGGAGAAGCUCAAUGGGACAGACCCCGAGGAAGCCAUCCUGAGUGCCUUCCGCAUGUUUGACCCCAGCGGCAAAGGGGUGGUGAACAAGGAUGAGUUCAAGCAGCUUCUCCUGACCCAGGCAGACAAGUUCUCUCCAGCUGAGGUGAGGCUGCCCAGCCCCUUCAAUACUCAUCCCCAGCACCUUCUCUGGGCCUUCACCCAUGACCCAGAGCCCAGUACCAGUGAGGCAGUUGCUGGAAGGGUGAGCCGAGGGCCCUUCUGGAGGAGGUGCCAUCUCUGUUGAGACCUAGAGGGUGGAGCAGAUGUUCGCCCUGACACCCAUGGACCUGGCGGGGAACAUCGACUACAAGUCACUGUGCUACAUCAUCACCCAUGGAGAUGAGAAAGAGGAAUGAGGGGCAGGGCCAGGCCCACGGGGGGGCACCUCAAUAAACUCUGUUGCCAAAUUGGAA